AUGACUGCCGUGAUGCGCGCAAACCGGAGCGCUCUCAACACGCCGACCUCAAACAAAUCGUUUGCCUCAUCUGCCUACAAUCGCGGCGCACACCUUCCGGCUAUCGGAGAGGCCAAUGGUGAUGUCUCGGCCACGGCGUUGAACAAUCCGGCCAGCGGUUAUGGUAACAAUGCCAACCCGGGGCCGUUGAUGGAGAGGGAGACCUUGCGAAGCGAUGCCUUUCAACACGCGCCACCGCCGGAUGCCACAGUCAGCCAGAGAAUGGAGCAAACUAUUUCGAACCGCCGAAAUGGAUCACGGGGCAGGAUUCCGGCUGGGUUGAAUCUCCACAUUGAGCCAAAUUUGGGAACCUCGAACCCGGCAAAGUACCACUGGCCAUCCCGCCGCCGAGGGCCCGGGUCUGUCAGCUCGGCCGCCUCCAUUUCAACCACGGCUACACGCAGCACCCGUGCUGGAUCCACGAGGCCGGCUGAUACUUAUAUCCACAGUCUUGAUGCGGCUUCCAACUACAAUAAGAAAGGCAAGAGACGCGAUGACAGCCAGGACCGGCAGACCACUGCUUCGGAGCAGUCGAUAGAUCGCGGGCGUACCCCUGUGCAAUACCCGGCGAAGAAAUCGCCCACCUCUCCCGUUCCGAUGUCCCCUGAGGAGUUGGUGGUGUUGAGUUCUGCUAAGUAUAUUGAUGCAGCGCCUCCCACGGCCGAUCCCAUCAAGUACCGAGAGUCUAGUACCAAGUCUAGAACCUCCAACCGAGGAGGAAGCCGGCAGCCAAGCCUGGAACGUCGCGCCGGCACCGCGGAGCCGCGAAAUAGGACACCCGGCCCCCUUGAGACCAUCCGCAUCAUGUCUCCGACCUCGCCGGCGCCCCUGUCGGCGAGGCCACAACUGGAUGACACCGAGGACGAAGAGGAUUACCGUAGGGCGGUGGAGGCUCAGGAGAAAUUCCGCCUAAAGCACAGCAUCAGCCGCGGCUUGGCGACGCCGACGACGACUACGGAAAUGUCGCAGAGCCGCCAGGACCGGUCCCGCAGCCGCAGCCGCAGGAGACCAGCAAUAGCCGCCCAGUCAUGA